ACAAAAUAAUGAAAAGAUAAAAAGUCAACUUGUAAGAACCCUCUACCUCCAUAAAUUUGGAUUGAGAUAAGUCCUCAUUCAUCCAACAACACUAUCCUUUCCUAAUGGAGACUAAUUUCUUAUGGUUCUCUAUCUUUAUGAGUCUUAUAAUUUUGAUCCUAACUAUGGCAAAGAGAAUAAAAAGUAGUAAGAAAAUUACCUCAAAUCUUCCUCCUGGGCCUUGGAAGUUACCAAUUUUUGGAAGCAUACAUCACCUAAUAGGCUCCUUACCCCACCAUAAAAUGAGAGAAUUGUCUCAAAAAUAUGGUCCAAUCAUGCACCUACAACUUGGAGAGACUACAACCAUAGUGAUUUCUUCUAAAGAAAUUGCCAAAGAGGUAUUGAAAAUCAAUGAUGUUUCAUUUUCUCAAAGACCUAGAUUACUUGGCUCAGAAAUUAUUACUUAUGGUUGCACUAACAUUGCUUUUGCACCCUAUGGAGAUUAUUGGAGGCAACUAAGAAAAAUAUGCACAUUAGAGCUAUUGAGUGCUAAACGUGUGAAAUCAUUUCAAUCAAUUAGGGAAGAAGAGGUGUCAAAUUUAAUAAGAAAUAUUUCUCUAAACACUGGAUCUACUAUUAAUCUCACUCAUGAAAUUUUAUCUAUGUCAUAUAAUAUAGUUUCUAGGUCAGCUUUUGGUGAUAAAUGCAAGGAGCAAGAAACAUAUAUUAUUUUCAUGAAGGAACUUUUAAAGGUGGCUGAGAGUUUUAGUGUCACUAAUUUGUUUCCCUCCCAACAUUGGCUACAUGUGAUUAGUGGAAUGGAGAAUAAAUUGUUGAACUAUCAUAGAACUGGUGAUAUGAUUCUUGAAAAGAUUAUCAACAAAGCAAAAACAAAGAUUGGUGGAGAUGGAAGUCUUUUGUCCUAUCUUUUGAGCCUCAAUGAUCAUGGAUCUCCAAACUUUGAUGGAUUUCAUUUGACUAUCAACAACAUUAAAGCCAUUAUUCAGGAUCUUACUAUUACUGGAACUGAUACAUCAUCUACAACUAUGGAAUGGGCUUUUUCAGAAAUGAUGAAAAAUUCAAGAGUACUAAAAAAAGCUCAAGAAGAAGUUAGACAAGUUUUUAAAACCAGAGGAUAUAUUGAUGAAAUGACCCUUAAAGAAUUGAAAUAUCUAAAAGCAGUGAUUAAAGAAACCUUAAGAUUUCACCCUCCUGGUCCUCUACUACUUCCGAGAGAGUGUAUCGAAACAUGUGAGAUUAGUGGAUACACAAUACCAGCCGGAGCACAAGUGUUUCUGAAUGCAUGGGCAAUUGGAAGAGACCAAAAGUAUUGGAUUGACGGAGAAAAGUUUUAUCCAGAGAGGUUCAUGGAUUGUUCAAUUGAUUACAAAGGGUCCGAUUUUGAGUUCUUACCUUUUGGUGCCGGAAGGAGAAUGUGUCCAGGUAUCUUGUUUGCUGAACCUAAUAUAGAACUUCCUCUCGCACAAAUGUUGUACUAUUUUGAUUGGAAACUUCCCAAUGGAACUAGUCAUGAAAGUUUCGAUAUGACUGAAUCCUUUGGCGCUACGGUGAAAAGGAAAAGUGAACUAUUUGUAAUUCCAGUUAUUUACAAUCAUGUACCUCUUGAAUAAGAUUUAGUUUCAAUGUAACGUUUCCAUCUUAUUAUUUAGUUUGGAGUCUUGAACAAUGAACUAUAAAUUUAAUUUUUCUACCUUUGCAUAUUGA